UCCCAUCAUUACAUCACAAAUCCAAAGCUCCAUUUUCUUGGAUUCCUACUUUCCCCUUCCAAAUUUCUCCAACUUCCCAAGAAGGAAGCUUUAAUAGAGAUUUUCCUUUAAACCCUUCUCUCUCUCUCUCUCUCAGAUAAAGUUUACAUCUUUCUUUGACUCAUUGAUUACCCACUUCAAUUACUUCAAUCCUUUAAAGAACCCAGUUCUUCAAUCUCUCAAUCUUUGCUUCCUAAAGAAACCCAGUAAAACCCUAAUUACUGGGUUUAUCCAAGCUUCACACAGACCUCCAAUGGCGGCCGAGAACGCACUGAAAUCCAAAGAAGUCUCGGCGAUGAUCAAACACGGCUUCAUCUCCGACCAAUCCCUCUCAUUCUCGCCGUCAAGAUCCACCAUUUCCAAGCUCCACUACUCCUCCUCCUCCCCCACCUCCAAAACCCCACCCUCCCCUCCGCCGCCGCCCUUCUCCGCCGCGCAAUUCACCCGGCCGAGCAACUCCCAGACCCUCUACGAGAUGAUGUCUGGCGAGCACCACCACCGGGACUCCGACCGUAGUAGUAGUAGUCUCCACCAGAAAGUCCACAAGCUCAUCGAAACGGCGCCGUUUAGGAACCCGGCCCUUGUUUCUGGUGACGUCAGGCUGACGGUGGUGGCCAAGGAUGGGUUCAAGGUGUCAAUGGAUGUGCACAAGAGUGUGCUGGCUUUGAAAAGCCGGUUCUUUGCAGAGAAGAUGAGGAAAGAUAGAGGGGUUGCACAUUGUGUGGAGAUUUCUGAUUGUGAUGAUGUGGAGGUCUAUGUGGAGACUGUGGUGUUGAUGUACUGUGAGGAUUUGAAGAAGAGGUUGAUGGGUGAGGAGGUCUCCAGAGUUCUGGCUUUGCUAAAGGUCUCUGCGGCUCUCAUGUUUGAUGAAGGCAUUGCCUCAUGCUUGGAGUACUUGGAAGCAGUUCCAUGGUCCGAGGAGGAAGAGGAGAAAGUUAAAUCUCAACUCAGUGAUCUUCAGCUUUGUGACAAGGCCAGUGAUCAAGUUUUGCUCAGAGUGUCCUUGGAACCAUCCACGUCUGCUAGAGCUGAUGAAAUCUUAUCAAGACUGCUCACUGGUGUUCUUCAAGCAAAAGAUGAUAGAGCCCGUCGAGAAAUGAAGACUCUCAUUUCCAGGUUGCUGAGAGAAGAUGCAGUGAAUGAUGGGAAUAGGCUUGAUGUGUCUAAAGAAACCCUUUACCAUCUUUGCCAUAGAUGUUUGAGUUCCCUUGUCUUGUGCCUAUCCGAAGCUACAGGAGUGGACGAAAAGCGAGACCGGGGGUUAUUGAUGGCCGAGAUAGCAAGAGAGGCUGACAACAUGCAGUGGAUUGUUGAUAUAAUGGUAGACAAGAAAAUGGGUGAAGACUUUGUGAAAUUAUGGGCAGAUCAGAAGGAGCUUGCAGUCCUCCACUCAAAGAUUCCAACCAUGUACCGACAUGAAAUCAGCAGAAUCACAGCCGGGUUAUGCAUCGCAAUUGGGAGUAGGCAUUUGCUGGUGCCAAAAGACACAAGGUUCUCUUUGUUGUCGACCUGGCUGGAAGCACUUUAUGAGGACUUUGGAUGGAUGAAGAGGGCGUCGCGAUCUGUUGACAAGAAACUCGUUGAAGAGGGUCUAAGCCAAACGAUUCUUACACUUCCUUUGCAUCAACAACAGGCCAUAAUGCUGAACUGGUUUGACCGAUUUCUAAACAAGGGAGAUGACUGUCCCAACAUUCAGAAGGCGUUUGAAGUUUGGUGGAGGAGAGCUUUCAUUAAACAUGUGGCAGAGCAGGAAGAUCAUAGGUUGCAGAUAACUGUUUGUGAUUAUCCCAGUUGAACAAGUUUAUAGAAUCGACACGAUAUAUAGAAAGCAGCAACCUUUUGUUCUCAAUUAAUUCUUUUCAACCCUUGGUUGAAUCUUUCAACGAGUAGUGAUUCCUACAAUAGCGUUUGAAUGAUGUUUUCCAAAGACCCAUCUUCACCUAUCACCCUCUAUACUCGUUGAAAAAGAAAAAGGCUUGAAUUACAAUAUAACUAUGUA